UAUUUUUUUGGUGUGCGUUUUUUUAUUUUUCGGUAUCCUGCACUCUUCGGAUUUGCCUCCGCGUCCUUUGGUCAUUUUCCGCCCCCUCGGAGGCAGAGGGCGGGGUAGGUGUCCCCUCCCAGGCUCCCCUCCCUUUCUGGCUCCGUGAGAAUUUCUUCUCCCUGGCACUGCUCGGGCGCGCCGCGCAAAGGCCAGCCGGGCGCGCGGGAGGAGGAAGCCGCGACUCCCUGCUGCUCCGAGCCUGGCUGGACUGGAGCCUGGAGCGGCGGAGGGGCCGAGAGGCGGAGGCGGCGGGAGGGGCUGGGCGUGCUCUGGGGUCUGAGGACAGCCCGCCUCCCUGCGAGAACCCCCCGGAGAGGCGGACGGCGCCCUUCCGCAGCGAGCUUUCGGACUACCGCGAGCCGGGAGGCGAAGGAUGCUGGCGGCGCGGCCAGCCGGCUGCCGGGCAGCGCUGAGGCUCUGGCUCGUCGGCUGCGUCCUCUGCAGAGCCUGGACGGCCCCCUCCGCGUCCCAAAAAUGUGAUGAACCCCUCGUGUCUGGACUUCCCCACGGCGCUUUCAGCAGCUCGUCCUCCAUGUCCGCGAGCUACUCCCCGGGCUACGCCAAGAUCAACAAGCGAGGGGGUGCCGGUGGAUGGUCUCCAUCUGACAGUGACCACUAUCAAUGGCUUCAGGUUGACUUUGGCAACCGGAAGCAGAUCAGCGCCAUCGCGACCCAAGGAAGAUACAGCAGCUCCGACUGGGUGACCCAAUACCGCAUGCUCUACAGCGACACUGGGAGGAACUGGAAACCCUACCAUCAGGACGGGAACAUCUGGGCAUUUCCCGGGAACGUCAACUCUGACAGCGUGGUGCGGCAUGACUUACAACACCCGGUCGUCGCCCGCCACCUGCGCGUGGUGCCUCUGGACUGGCAUGGGGAGGGCCGCAUCGGGCUCCGGGUUGAAGUCUACGGCUGUUCCUACUGGGCUGAUGUUAUCAACUUUGAUGGCCACAUCGUGUUGCCGUACAGAUUCAGAAACAAGAAGAUGAAAACGCUGAAAGAUGUCAUCGCCUUGAAAUUUAAAACCACCGAGAGCGAAGGCGUGAUCUUGCACGGGGAAGGCCAGCAAGGGGACUACAUCACUCUGGAGCUGAGGAAGGCCAAGCUGGUCUUCAGUCUGAACCUGGGGAGCAACCAGCUCGGCCCCAUCUACGGCCACACGUCCGUGACCACGGGAAGCCUGCUGGACGACCACCACUGGCACUCCGUGGUCAUCGAGCGCCAGGGCCGGAGCAUCGACCUCACCCUGGACAGGAGCGUGCAGCACUUCCGCACCAACGGGGAGUUCGACUACCUGGACCUGGACUACGAGAUCACCUUUGGGGGCGUACCUUUCUCCGGGAAGCCGAGCUCCAGCAUUCGAAAGAAUUUCAAAGGCUGCAUGGAGAGCAUUAACUACAACGGCAUCAACAUAACGGACCUCGCGAGGAGGAAGAAGCUGGAGCCCUCCAACGUGGGAAACUUGAGCUUCUCGUGCGUGGAGCCCUCCACGGUGCCCGUCUUUUUCAACGCCACCAGCUACCUGGAGGUGGCCGGGCGGCCCCACCAGGACCUGUUCGCGGUCAGCUUCCAGUUCCGGACGUGGAACCCCAAUGGCCUCCUGCUCUCCAGCCACUUCACGGACAGCUUGGGCAACGUGGAGAUCGACCUCACCGAGAGCAGAGUCGGCGUCCACAUCAAUGUCACGCAGACCAAGAUGAGCCAGAUAGACAUCUCCUCAGGCUCUGGCUUGAAUGAUGGACAGUGGCACGAGGUUCGCUUCCUGGCCAAGGAAAACUUUGCCAUUCUCACCAUCGAUGGAGAUGAGGCGUCGGCAGUUCGAACUAAUAGCCCUCUCCAAGUUAAAACUGGCGAGAAGUACUUCUUCGGAGGUUUCCCGAACCAGAUGAGCAACUCCAGUCACUCCGCCCUUCAGCCCUCGUUCCAAGGGUGCAUGCAGCUCAUUCACGUGGACGACCAGCUUGUGAACUUAUACGAGGUGGCGCAGAGGAGGCCGGGAAGCUUUGCAAACGUCAGCAUUGACAUGUGCGCCAUCAUAGACAGAUGUGUGCCCAAUCACUGUGAGCACGGUGGGAAGUGCUCCCAAACAUGGGACAGCUUCAAGUGCACUUGCGAUGAGACGGGAUACAGUGGGGCCACCUGCCACAACUCCAUCUACGAGCCGUCCUGCGAGGCGUACAAACACCUGGGCCAGACGUCGAACUACUACUGGAUCGACCCGGACGGCAGCGGGCCGCUGGGCCCUCUGAAGGUGUACUGCAACAUGACAGAGGACAAAGUGUGGACCAUCGUGUCUCACGACCUGCAGAUGCAGACCACGGUGCCGGGCCACAGCCCCGAAAAGUACUCGGUGACGCAGCUGGCGUACAGCGCCUCCAUGGACCAGAUCAGCGCCAUCACCAGCAGCGCCGAGUACUGCGAGCAGUACGUCUCCUACUUCUGCAAGAUGUCCAGGUUGUUGAACACCCCAGACGGAAGCCCCUACACCUGGUGGGUCGGCAAGGCCAACGAGAAGCACUACUACUGGGGAGGCUCCGCGCCCGGCAUUCAGAAGUGCGCCUGCGGCAUCGAGCGCAACUGCACGGACCCCAAGUACUACUGCAACUGCGACGCCGACUACAAGCAGUGGAGGAAGGACGCUGGCUUCUUAUCGCACAAAGACCACCUGCCGGUGAGCCAGGUGGUGGUGGGCGACACUGACCGGCAGGGCUCGGAAGCGAAGCUGAGUGUGGGCCCCCUGCGCUGCCAAGGAGACAGGAACUACUGGAACGCCGCCUCCUUCCCCAACCCGUCCUCCUACCUGCACUUCUCCACCUUCCAAGGGGAGACCAGCGCCGACAUCUCCUUCUACUUCAAGACGCUGAUCCCGCGGGGGGUGUUCCUGGAAAACCUGGGCAACACUGACUUCAUCAAACUCGAGCUCAAAUCUGCCACAGAGGUGUCCUUCUCCUUCGACGUGGGGAACGGGCCCGUGGAGAUCGUGGUGAGGUCGCCCACGCCGCUCAACGACGACCAGUGGCACCGCGUCACCGCGGAGAGGAACGUCAAGCAGGCCAGCCUGCAGGUGGACCGGCUGCCCCAGCAGACCCGGAAGGCGCCGACCGAGGGCCACACCCGCCUGGAGCUGUACAGCCAGCUGUUCGUGGGUGGUGCCGGAGGCCAGCAGGGCUUCCUGGGCUGCAUCCGCUCCCUGCGGAUGAACGGGGUGACGCUGGACCUGGAGGAGAGAGCGAAGAUCACGUCCGGGUUCAAGUCCGGGUGCUCGGGCCACUGCACCAGCUACGGGGCCAACUGCGAGAACGGCGGCCAGUGCGUGGAGAAGUACCACGGCUACUCCUGCGACUGCUCGCGCACAGCCUACGACGGCACCUUCUGCAACAAAGACGUCGGCGCGUUCUUUGAAGAGGGGAUGUGGCUGCGGUAUAACUUCCAGGCGCCCCCCGGGGCCAGCGGCCGAGAACCGGGCAGCAGGGCGGAGAGCGCGCCGGGGCCGGAGCAGCAGAGCCCGCCGCCGGACCUGGCCCACGAGGAGGUCCGGUUCAGCUUCAGCACCUCCAAGGCGCCCUGCAUCCUGCUGUACGUCAGCUCUCUCACCACCGACUUCCUGGCCGUGCUCGUCAAGCCCACCGGAAGCCUGCAGAUCCGGUACAACCUGGGCGGCACCAGAGAGCCCUACAACAUCGACGUGGAUCACAGGAACAUGGCCAACGGGCAGCCCCACAGUGUCAACAUCACGCGCCGCGAGAAGACCAUCACGCUCAAGCUCGACCACUACCCCUCCGUGAGCUACCACCUGCCCAGCUCGUCCGACACGCUGUUCAACGCUCCCAAGGCGCUCUUCCUGGGGAAGGUCAUAGAAACGGGGAAGAUCGACCAGGAGAUCCACAAGUACAACACCCCGGGCUUCACGGGGUGCCUGUCCCGAGUGCAGUUCAACCACGUCGCCCCGCUCAAGGCGGCCCUGCGGCAGACCAACGCCUCGGCCCAGGUGCACGUCCAGGGCGCGCUGGUGGAAUCCAACUGCGGGGCCUCCCCGCUCACCCUCUCGCCCAUGUCGUCCGCCACCGACCCCUGGCACCUCGACCACCUGGACUCAGCCAGUGCUGACUUUCCGUACAACCCAGGUCAAGGCCAGGCCAUACGAAAUGGAGUCAACAGGAACUCGGCCAUCAUUGGAGGCGUCAUCGCUGUGGUGAUCUUCACCAUCCUCUGCACCUUGGUCUUCCUCAUCCGGUACAUGUUCCGCCACAAAGGGACCUACCACACCAACGAAGCCAAGGGGGCAGAGUCGGCGGAGAGCGCGGACGCCGCCAUCAUGAACAACGACCCCAACUUCACAGAGACCAUUGACGAGAGCAAAAAGGAGUGGCUCAUCUGAGCGGUGGCUCUCGGGCGGCGGGGGAGGGCGGGGGAGGGGAGGGGAGCCGAAGCACCCUGCUUCACACUCCUGGGCACACCCUUUCCAGCGUCGGCACAAGAUGGGGGAGGCAAGCAGCAGAAAACUCUUGAGACUGAUCGCCACACACAGACACACACACACACAAAAGUAAUACUUUUUAAUAUUUCUUUAUAGCUGAGUUUUCCCUUCUGUAUCAAAAAAAAAAGAAUACAAAAAUGCUUUUAGAGUUUUAGCAACGGCUGACGUUUGUAGGUGAUACCUGUUUUAUUGUGUGUGUGUUUAGAGGUGUUCUGAGAACCCGCGGUAACAGGGCAAGUUUUCUACGUUUUUAGGAGCCCUCGGGAGGUGGGUGUUUUUUCCUGAGGAAAGCUGAUGCACAGAGACACGGCCUCCGGCGCUCCCUUCCUUUUGCACAGAGUCGGCCGCUAGUGGGCUGCUGCGGUUACCAGCUCACGUCAUCCACUGUUUUGUUUGGUGUCCUGUAAACUGGAGAGGGAAGGAAAGGGGCGAGGAGAACCUGCAGUUCACCAGUUUUCAAAGAGACCGCAGUCUCUGCCGGGUUCCCGAGAGCUCCUGCCUGCAGCAGGCGGAGGAGGAAGGUGUGUGCAGCUGUCGGGCCCGGCGCCAACGCCGACACCACGGAGAGGAGCCUGGAGUGCCAGAGCGAGCGCUUCCCUGCCGGGGGCGUCGGUUUCAUCCUCCAUCAAAUUCUGCGGGAUCGCAUCGUUCCAUGUUUGUGGUCUUAGACCCGUUCAGUAUCUAGACCUGCCACUGGCGACCAACUGUUGUGAAAAGGAUUUCUUCUCGGCUUUACCUGCAAUGUACCGGGUCACCGUCCACGGGCGUGUGAGCAGCUCACGAGGGCGUUAGAGCCGGGUGUCGCGAUCCGUUGGCUCUGUUUCUCUCGUGGUGGUGACAAGAGUGUCGACACUUCCUGGUGGAUGCAUGCAGUAGGUACUCCUCAUUUUGCUUUAAGUCUCUAGUUUCUAAGUCCCUGCGACAACAUCGCAGACAGUGACCGGACACAGCACGAUAAGGCCAAGUCAUGACUGCUAUUAUUAUUAUGUUCUCUGGAGUCAUCGGGGGGAAAAAACACUGCCGUGUUCUGCGUCACCUGCUCCUGGAUUGUUGCAUCUGCAGUGGUCACACUGCUUUGGUGCUGCAUCCUCUCUGGCAGACGCAUCUGGAGCUCCAGUCCAGCAGUCACCCUGGUCACCGGCCAUUGCUUCUCAGAGGACACACCUGCCUGGUCGGUCACCCCUCCAUUCGAUCAGGAAUCUUGACCAACUUAUUUCAACAAAUAACUCGUUCAUUUUAUUUAAAAAAUAACAGACAGUGUGUAAACCAAUGGGACAAAGCUCCCAUUGGCACAUCCGAAAAAUAAUUUCAUUUAUUUAAUAAAAGGUUGAAUCAAAGUUAUUUCUAGAAUAACUACCAUUUAGAGUCAUCACAGUUCAGGCUCUUAGACUUAAUAAAUGCUUUUCAAAAUUUCUUUAGGCUCCCAACAUUUGAGCACCUUUUCCCUUCUCCUGCUAGGUGAGACGAGGUUAAAAAGGUAUGAAUGCUAUUUUUCCGGUAGCCUUCCUCAGUCAGAUGGAAAUUCUAGUUUGCCUGGGUUGUACAUACACACUUUUCAAGAUGCUUGGUGUGCUGAGCUUAUAGCAAGACCUCCAUGUCGCGAGCAGGGAAAGUGUUACCCAGAGCUGCCAGGCAUGUGGCAGAGGAACAUGACGCAAGAAUGUGGCACAUUCUGAAGGAGGCUCUGGGCCCGUCCAAGUCAGGGCGACAGAAGCCACGGAGCCCGAACCCCCUUCCCGGUUGCUGACCUCAGGCCCUUACACGGACCCCCUUCUCUGAGAACAGUCCCAAUCGCUCCUCCCCCACAGAACGCGUCACAAACGGGAAGCCGUUAACAGGAGGAAGCACCAGAGCACUGUAACCUUCCCAACGACGCUGAAAACCAAGGCUGUUGACGGAACCGAGAUGACUGCCAUUCGUGGUCCUUUGGUUAUCACCAAACUGAAAAAGCGAAUUUUGGACGUUAUGUUACAGAAAGGUUUCCGACUGCGAAAAACCAGUUUUUAAAAAGGCAUUACCUUUGCACUUAACAGAUCACGAUGGACAUCGAUGACUCCCUGCAUCCCCUGGAUGGCUCUGUCCUCUCUGCGUUGUCUCAGCACGUCCCCUUCCUCCCCCGAUGGCUGGGGAAUGAAAACCACCAAAACAUCCUCUGAUGCUAAAGUGCCCUCAGCCUUCCCUUUUCUCUCUCCUUCCCACUUCCCUGCUACAAGACGUUAAAAGUAACACCCGACACUCCUCUGACCCAAUUUCCACACCCAGGGCACUGGAAAGCCUGCCGGGAUCGCCGUCACUGGGGUACGCUUCGCAUGCACAGAGGAGGGACAGCCUGUGCCCUCCAGGGGGUUACCCUGCGGCCAGCAGACAGGACACAGAAAGGUGGAUGAAGCACUGAGUGUCAAACAAACGGUGCCGGAAAUCUUGGCUUCUCUCUGGGACAGGCGGGCUUCAAGGCCAUUCCUCAGGCCAUUCCCCAGCCUGUCUGCGAAGGCUGCGUCCAGCAUGUUCUAAGUGGUGAGUCACCUGCUGACGUCAGGAGAGGAAACUCAGCGUUUCUCCAGCUCCCUCCCUCCCUCGGAAGCGGAGGACGGUGCAGCCUGGACAGCCGGGCCCACGCUCAGGGCCCACAGCCUUGCUUUGACGGUCGCAGUCCCCGGAGUCUCGACACCCACCACCCCGUGUGUUACCAGUCAAGCACAAAAGGCCAGUGGUAGCGACAUCUUUACAUAAUGAGAACAGACAAAAAAAAUGAAAGUUUUCUGGGGCUGUUCAUGCAGGAGACGUCUUCUGAGUACAAAGUAAGCACCUAUGUUCUGAGAAGCCAGGAGUGAGGACUUUGAAUGAAUGUGAAAUCGGUGCCAUUGUCAGCUCUCAAGAUAAGACAUUCCCUGGAGCUCAAGGAAGCUCGCUCCGCUCUGCGGCUCAGCUCUUCUCUGGCCCUUCUUUGUAAGACCAUGUUUCCCCUCGUGGCUGUCAACCAACCCCUCAGAAAGGCGACUCGGGCGAUGUUGUUGCUAAGAGCUGGAAACAAGAGCGUGGAGUGCCUUCGUUGGGAAGUGUCCUGCUGCUCUGCACUUGACAGAUGAGGAGCGGCCCUGACUAAGGGGAGCAGGGAUUCAGGGGCGCGGGAGAAAGGCUUGCCGCACACCGAGGAGUCUUCAUGUUACGGUGGAACCACCAGGCGCCAGUGGAGAGCGGGCACAGAGGCACCAGCUGCGCCCGGCGUGCACUUACGGGGAAGCUAACAGCCGCCAGACGUGAAAGCACAGUGUCAGGGUGGGGUCAGGGAGAAACUCAGACUCCCUUCUAUAACGGGAUCAGCGUUUUUCUAGUCUUCCACUUGUUCCUACAGUGUAAACGUUUGAAUGGUUCCUUUUUGUCCCCACCUGCAAAGGAUUAGCGCCUGAUUUGAACCUCUCCAGUCCCUGUGUUCUCCUUUUCACCAUCCUACCAAGCUGUUUUCAAAAACGGGCAGCAAGUUAUCAAAUUGAAUUAUUAAUUUGAAUUCCAGUGAGCCAGCCAGAACAGGUCGCAAACUGCCAGUCCCAGCAGGAAGUAGGUAAGAAAUCGACAGGCACCAUUUUUUUAAUGACGUUUGGGGAGCGAGGACCCCGAUAGGGUCCUAACCCCUUCUCUCUCUCCCUGCCUUGCUGUGUGACCUUCGCCAAGUCGAGGAACCCCUGUCCCCCUUUGCCCGUGUCUGAGUUACAGCUGUCUUACUUGCUUUAUGCUACAGUCUUGAGGUGCGCUGCGUCUUGACUGCAGAACGCUGAGAUGCAGACACAAAGGCCCGAGCCCGUGGAGCCUCACCGAAGACACACUUUCUGGCCUGCAGUUAGUUGUAAGCCACGUAGAAAGAAACCCUGUGGACGUGUCCAGGAAGGCGGAGACAUGCGGGGCACUGCCGAACAACAGCUGAAUUAUUUACGAGGUCAGCUGCCGUCAGCACAGCAGGGCGGCCACACACACAGCCCAAGGCCAGAGAAGUCAGGCUGCACUCGUGCCUAAAGCCCUCGGGUCCCGCCCCCCCCCCCCCACGUUGAGCCUCGCAGCUUACCCCCGCCCUCCGGGUGAUCGGACUGGCUGAGAAAUUAGACAACAC